AUGAUUGUUGCUCUGUAUAUGAGUUGGUCAAGAUCGGAACAUCUCAAAGUAGGAGACCCUAUCACAGGUGGUGAUGUAUUUGGAAGUGUAUUCGAGAACAGUCUACUGAGUGACCACAAGAUCUUAUUGCCACUAAGAGCUAAGGGUACAAUUACGCAUGUUGCAGAAGCUGGCAGUUACAAAGUCGACGAGAAGGUCUUGGAGGUAGAAUUCGAGGGCAAGAAGUCAGAUUACACCAUGAUGCAUGCAUGGCCCGUUCGAGUCCCCCGGCCUGUCGCUAAGAAAUUGCCCUCAGGUUCCUCCUCCAUUGUUGGCCGAAGAGUUCCAGACGCCUUGUUUCCUAAGGGACAGGGAGGAACCGUGUGCAUACCUAGCGCUUUCGGCUAUGGCAAGACUGUGAUUAGUCAAUCUGUCUCCAAAUUUUCCAACAGCGAUAUCAUCAUUCACGUGGGAUGUGGCGAGCGUGGUAGUGGAAUGGCAAAAGUCCUGAUGGAUUUCCCGGAAGUGAGUGCUUUUGGUAGCAGCAUCUCGCAUCCUGAACCUGACUUCGAAUAG